AAAUUAUGGUCCUUCUUCUUCGUAACAGGUGUUUUAGAGGCGAAAAUAAAGUUCGCGGGUUUAAGUAUUGUUAAAAGGAAUCUGACAAUGCUUCAAGCAGAAGAAGACACAUAUAUACCUAAAGUUAGAGGGUUGUUAAUAGAAAUUGGAAUUCCGAGGCUGUAUUCUCAGGUCUAUGUGUUGUACUUCAGUCAAGAAAAGACAUGGGUUGCAUAUGGAAGCAAAAACUACGUUUUGCCGCUUUGUUUUACAGAGAGAAAAGAUCUUUUUCUACUUGAGUUUGAAAAAGGAAUAGAUACUCCGGAGGUAAAUAGAGACGCCUCUUCAGUCUGUAUCUGUGUAAGCAUAGGUGCUGUAUGCGAAGGCAUGGGUUCAGUUGAAGAUUUUUGGAAAAGUAAUGUUCCAUAUACCAGCAAAAGUGGACUAACUGCAACUUUGCUGAAGGAUACUUUUCGACCAUCGCUAGAAGUACAAAAUGGUUUCGCUUACAACGUUCGGUUGUCAGAUACAAAGCGGUUUACGUUCAGAGGCCACGGGCGGGAUUUUGAAGCACAAUAUGGAAUGAUUUGUAAAAGCAAUGAAUUGCUUCAGCGACUUCUUAACGAAAGCAGACAGACAAUUACAGAUUUUCUAAGCAAAUCCAAGUCGCACAUUUAUAAAGUUGUGCAGUGCGCCGAAGAAAUGGAGAAAACUAUGUCAAAGUCGAUUGAAGACUUGAACAUGCUUGAAUGUCUAGAUUUUAUUGAUGAAGUUAAAACUUCAGCAGAAAAGUUGACACUUGCGAAGGAAAACGGUUUCGAUACAACUGAACAAAUAAAAAAACUUGAAGCAAAUCUAUACCUUUUAGGUCAAAGCUACGAUCAUUUUUGCCAGCCAAAAGUAUUGGCAAAAGGAAUUAAAAAACUAGAAAAUCAAAUCAACGAAUGUAAGACGGUUGUUUCUGAUUUUAAAAACAAAGUUUUGGAUGAAGCUGGUUUUAAAGAAGCGAGCGAUGCGGCAAUGACUUUAAAAACGAGUACAGAUACAUUUGGUGACAUGAUCGUAGGUAGUAAAAUAAACUGCGUAAAUGGCAAUGUUGUUCGUGUUUAUCUCGAAGAACAACUUGCGGCGGAAGACAUGACUUACCACUGCACCCAAGUUCUGCUACCAAGCGUAUAUUCCUGUAUUACGACAUCAAAGUUGGAAACCGAGUUUAUAAAGCAAGCAAGUUUGACUUUUAAAAGGGUAUUGGAGUUUAUGCCCAAGGAAAUGGAUAAGCUAGAAUCGAACCCGCAAGAGUUGUACGCAGUCUAUCAAAAUUUACAGUGCUAUGAAAAUUUCUCACUUGGCAACUCAUUUGAACUUUUUUCCUCCGAAUACAAAUCAUGGCAGUCUACUUUAAAUGAAUACGCAGUGUAUUUGUUAAACCAGUGGUUUGACCACUACUCAAAUAGAAAAGCCACUUCAAAGCAUUCGUAUUCUGAGAGUCUACUGAAAGUUGCUAUCAUGCAAGCUGACACCUUGGAACAGUUCUACAUGGCUUCUGAUAUAACAUCUCUUCGAGAAAACGGAGUACACUUUCACAAUACUGAAAAUAUCAAUGCGGACAAUUUGCUGUUAUUUGAUCAUCAGAUGUAUCUCGUGCUUACUUCGAGUAUAAUAAGCUUAUGUCAGUCUCACAAAACGGAUAGCAAAGAGUUUCGUUUGUUGGUGUGUUUCACUGCACAGCGCUGGACGAAUGUGAGACGUUUUUUCGGACCGCUGAAAAAACGAAAUGGUUACCUAACACCACUGAAAAAGAUGUUCAAAUUUUGCAGCACCGUACAAUCGCUCGCUAGUGUACUAACACAGUGGGGAAAAGAAACUAGUAUCUUAGCUUUACAAGACUUGGGCCAUAAAAUUAAUUCUCUGAAGCCUAAACUUAUCGAAACGGGACGGAAAUUUCAAGCUAUGUUGUCUGAGUUUAAAUCAGGUCAAUAUCUGGAGGAACAUUUUGAUAGUGACACUGUCGGUGGGAUACUAAGACACAAGGCUUACGAUAUUGAAACUUUGCCAGAUAGGUCCAAUCAAAUUAUUAAUCAAUUUUCUGAAGAUCUUGAAGAGGUAACAGUUUUGCUCGCAGAAUGUAAAGAUAAUAUUGCAGCAAUGGUUAAACCAUACGAGGGCAAGGAUACUGAAGAUUAUAGGACCGUAGUUUCAAAUUUAAUUGAACUGUUAAAGUGUUUUCGUAUAACACAACGCUACGAAACAAAACAACUGGAGAAUAUUACUGAUUUUAUUACACGGUACGAAAAUAGUGAUGCGUUUUCCAAAGAGUCUAACAAGACCUUUAAAGAGGCAAAGUCCGACAUAGAAAAAGCAAAGAGAAGGCUUGUUAAUACGAAGAGAAUGGGGAAAUACGAAGCUGCACUAUCGAGAGAUGCAUUGGAUAAACUAAAAGAAGCGGAGGCGACACUGAAACAAGACUAUCUUGAAACAAUCUUGGACAAAUUGGAGGCUAUUGCUCCCAACCUUUGCGAUGAGACCGAGACGCCUAAACUGGUCGAACUCUUAAAAACAAUUCAAGAUAAAAAUCAAAACAAACGAAAGAACAGUCUUCACGAUGAAUUGAUCAGUCAUGUUAUAAGUAUUCUUGAUGGAAAAGAAAAAGAUCAAAUUUCCGUUGAAGCUAUUGUUUCACUGAAUAAAUUAAUCUUAAAAUUGAUAAAACAUGCCCAAGCAUUUUAUGAACAUUCAAAAUUACGAAUUUGUUGGGGUAAAUAUAUGUUGCCUACAUUCAGGCAAACACAUGACCAGCUUCGGGAAGUCGCUUUCGCUAAAGACAUGUCAAAGUUAAGAGAAGCUGGAAAACACUUCAGUUUACAUCUUGUUAGGCGGGAGUGGGUACAUUCUCGGCUGGGUUAUGCAACAUACUACUGUUGGAACGGAGACCGUUUAUGUAUAGAUCCGUACAACAUAGAAAAUGACACUCAUAUUCUAUGUAAACAAAGUGAUGAUGAUCUGACAAUCACAGAUUAAUUCAUUAAACUUGUGUUAAAAAUGGAACUUUAAAAUGCUUUGAAGAAUAUAAAAAAAAAUGCGUUUUGUAUUCAAUGCGUUUAUAAUCAUGGCGCCGUUACACAAAAAAAAUCCUUCUAACAUAUAUAUAUAAUAUCAUCGAUGCAGGAAUAGUUGAAUGACAUAUAGUACAUUCCGGCUUCUGGGACAUAGAGGGUUACGACAAGGUGCCAUCACAAACGUUAUUUUGUUAUGUUCUUAUAACCUUGUACCUACAUAUAUAUGUAACGUAUUUUACACAUUCCGCCAAAUUUAAGUUAUACAUAAUUUAAAUCAUAUCCACG